AUGCGCCAUGGAACCAAUCCAAUGCCGAAGACGGUCUCUCUCGGCAUAGUGUUUCUGCUGGGACUGACGGCGUGGGCCCUCGACCCAGAAGCUCACCUCAAGGCCAUGGCCGUACCCGACUUCACGACCACCAUCACGGCGCCCAGCAACAAGGACCUGGCGCGCCGAGCCGAAGCAGAGGGCUCGUCGUGCUCCCCCGAGGGCCAGUGGAACUGCAUAACGAACACGUGGCAGCGCUGUGCGGGCGGGCGCUGGAGCGUCGUCAUGGAUAGCGCCGCAGGCACCGUCUGCCGCCCUGCCGGGCAGACGAGCGACUUUAGGAUCGAGCACGAUGGGAAUGCCGGCGGGAGUGCCGGCGGAGGUGCCGGCGGGGCGGGCACCACGAGUGGUGCGUCGAGGGGAUCUGUUGGCGUCGGGGCGUUUGUUGCGGUGGCCUUGUUGUCGUGGACUGUCCUGUUGCAUUGA